AAGUGUGGUGGUCACGUGGCGGGGUCACGUGGCGGGGGAGUCGGGCCCAGCAGCGGCAGCCGCCGCUCCGGUAGCGGUGAGAGCCGGAGCCGGGCGGGCGGGGGAGGGAGAGGCGCGCGGAGCCGGGCGGGCCGGGGGGAGGCAGCCCGGGGACGGCGAGUGGCCGCUGCCCGCCGCGCCGAGAGUUGGAAGAAUCCAGGGAUUUCAAGCUUUGAAUGAUGGGCAUCUUACGAGAUCUCUACAGCUAAGCCGAAAAGGCAGAUGCAGCUCUGAGUAUCAGAUUGAGUGAGCUUGUAUGUGUACUGCGUGUACAUGAAUAUACACGCGUUUCUGUCGUCACACAGACUUACUCUUGCAUAUUCCUGCGAGCUUCGCAAUUAAUGAAAAUUAAUUUAGGAAUCAGAUGGAGCACCUUUACAGUGUGGGAAUCAGUAACUCAUGGAAGGACACCUGCCACUAGCGUUCAGCUUUCCACAUGGUAUUCACGGGUGAAAAAGGUGUGCAAGAAGAGGAAGAAAAAACACCCUCUACGAAAAAAAACCCUAAUAAAUACCUCCCUAGUCUAAAUCGAUAAUAACAAGGGAAACAGAAGAAGACGGAGUGUAGAAGAAACUGACUUUGUGAUUGCAGAGGAAUAAUGAAUGAUCUUUGGCACAUUUUCCACUGGGCUCAAUAGAUUGUGACUGAACUAAUAAAUCGUGACCAUAUGUUGAGUAAUGAUGACUGGAAGUAAGUACAUUCAGGAACUAUGGGACAAGUCUGGGCAUUGAACUGAACAGACCUCGUCGUCCUUCUUGGGUUAGCCAGGUCAUCAAACUUGCAUAUUCUUUCUCCCUCUCCUUUUUCCUCUUUUCACUUACUGUGGUAUAAAUACUAAUUAAUUGAGCUCACAAAUGUUAUUCAAAUAAAACGAUUGGAAUACUUCAUAUGUUUCCUUCUUGUACAGCUGCAAAUGUUGUGUCUGGAACUAUGAAUCUGUGCUGUAGACAAGCAUCAAGAAGGAAAGAUCCACUCAAACAAGCAAGGAAAAUAUCUAGAGAAAUAGUGAAACCUGGAAGUCAGAUUUUUAAUGCUGCUUCUCUUUCUUUUUUAGAUGAUUAUAUUUCUUCCUUUCGUGAAUUUUAGAAGAUUCUGAAAGAGUGCUUACUUGAUGUGCUUUAAUUCUGGCAUUUGUUUUUACAGUAGGAUGAAAAAUCUGUGAUUCUUUGUAGCAGAAAAAAAGGGAAAAGUAAAGGAAAAACAGCUUGACAUUUAGCCUGUUCUGGAGGAGACAGAACUUCAUGGUUCACCAGAGGCAAACUUACCUGCUUUAAAAGCUAAAAGCUUUAGAGCAUUUUUGAUUCUGCUAAAUGAAGAGGGGGUUUCUUUUUCAUUCGUGUGUGGCAGCAAAAAGUGGGAAGGCAGGCAAGAUAGUGUGAUAAACAGUUCAGGCUGUGUUGGGUAUCUGGUGGAAAAAAAGUGCUGCAAUGAAAAUUGGAUUGGCUUUGGAUUGGAAAAACUGUUGAGUCCAACGAGUGGUUCAGUACCAAGAGGGAUUUCCCAUCUGGCCUGGCACACCAGUGCCUGCACAAGUUCGGGUCUGUUGUUUUGCACAGUUUGUGUGCCUUUUUUUCCCUUUAUGCAAUCUCUUUCAGCUUUAGCAGCAGAAAUACGUCGGAUGGAAAAGAUAUGCCAGAGGGCAGCUUGGAAAAGAUGAAUAUCAUAUAUACAUAUAUAUGUAUGUUCAUGUGUAUAAAUUUCUGCAACUGAACUUUUGAAGAAAAUCUGACUGGAGGAAAUCUUAAAAGCCUUAAGUUACUUGAAACCUACACAUUUGCAACUCUUUGUCUCUGGAAUUGCGUUACGCUAAACUGGAAUCUCAGGCUGUAUAAAGAUUAUAUCAAGUUGAGCAAAAAGAUGACUUAACCAUUUCUUGAGCGCCUCUUACGAAGUAGCUGUUUCUCCAAAGGAUAAGUGCACCCUCACUCUACAGACUCAAAAACAAAAAUGAACCUGAAUUUUUUUUUUAAGUGUUACUUUUUCUUAGCCAACUGCCAUCAUCUUUUAUAGAGGAAUUUUUCACUAUGCAUUUGGUGGAUAUUUAUAAACACUGACCCCAUCCUCCUUCCUUUCAAUGAUCUAUCCCAGGUCAGUCUUAUCAAUAAAAAAAUUGAUUUAAAUUUUGUGCACUAGACAUACUACUUUCUUAUGUCAAAAAAUAAAAUAUUUAAAAAGCAUGUAUGCAGCGGUGGAACAUGGGCCUGUUCUUUGCAGCGAUUCCAACAUCCUCUGCCUCUCUUGGAAAGGGAGAGUUCCCAAAAGCGAGAAGGAGAAACCGGUGUGCAGGAGGCGAUACUAUGAGGAAGGCUGGUUGGCAACAGGCAACGGCAGAGGAGUUGUAGGCGUCACAUUUACUUCCAGCCAUUGCAGGAGAGACCGGAACACCCCUCAGAGAAUCAACUUCAAUUUGAGGGGCCACAACAGUGAGGUUGUGCUGGUGAGAUGGAAUGAACCAUUUCAGAAGCUAGCAACCUGCGAUGCAGAUGGAGGAAUAUUUGUUUGGAUACAAUAUGAAGGCAGAUGGUCUGUGGAGCUUGUGAACGAUCGUGGGGCACAGGUGAGCGACUUUACAUGGAGCCAUGAUGGGACUCAAGCACUUAUCUCCUAUAGAGAUGGAUUUGUGCUGGUCGGUUCAGUCAGUGGACAAAGACACUGGUCUUCAGAAAUAAACCUAGAGAGUCAGAUCACCUGUGGUAUAUGGACUCCAGAUGACCAACAGGUCCUGUUUGGCACUGCUGACGGUCAGGUUAUUGUCAUGGACUGCCACGGCCGAAUGCUGGCCCACGUUCUCCUUCAUGAGUCAGAUGGUAUCCUCAGCAUGUCCUGGAACUACCCCAGCUUCCUGGUGGAGGACAGCAGCGAGAGCGACACGGACUCCGACGACUAUUCCCCACCACAAGAUGGACCAGCUGCAUAUCCAGUCCCAGUGCAGAACACCAAACCACUACUUACUGUCAGCUUCACAUCAGGAGACAUUAGUUUAAUGAACAAUUAUGAUGACUUGUCUCCUACUAUGAUCCGCUCAGGGUUGAAAGAUGUGGUAGUACAGUGGUGCACACAGGGAGAUUUACUUGCGGUAGCAGGCAUGGAGAAGCAAAGUCAGCUAGCUGAUCUUGGCAACGGUUCCAUGUUGAAAAGUGCACUUGUCAAGUUCUACAAUGUGCGUGGGGAACAUAUCUACACUCUGGAGACACCUGUUCAGCGUCCUAUCAUCUCGAUCUGUUGGGGUCACAGGGACUCACGCCUGCUGAUGGCUUCUGGACCUGCACUAUAUGUUGUCAGAGUAGAGCACAGGGUCUCCGGUCUGCAGCUUCUGUGCCAGCAGACUAUCGCUAGCUGUUUGCGGGAUGACAAGGAUAUCAGCAAACUGUCCCUGCCUCCUCGGCUCUGCUCGUACCUCACCACUGCCUUUAUACCAACAAUCAAGCCUCCUAUCCCAGACCCAAACAAUAUGAGAGAUUUUGUCAGCUACCCAACAGCUGGCAACGAACGGCUUCACUGCACGAUGAAGCGGACGGAGGAUGAUCCGGAGGUCGGUGGCCCAUGUUAUACUCUGUACUUGGAAUACCUUGGGGGAUUGGUGCCUAUCCUGAAAGGACGUCGUAUCAGCAAGUUGCGACCAGAGUUUGUCAUCAUGGAUCCUAAAACAGAUGGAAAAGCAGAUGAAAUCUAUGGAAACAGCUUGAUUUCCACUGUGAUUGACAGCUGCAACUGCUCUGACUCCAGCGAUAUCGAACUGAGUGAUGACUGGGCAGCAAAGAAAUCUCCCAAAAUCAGCCGAGCCAGCAAAUCACCUAAACUCCCCAGAAUCAAUAUAGAAGCUCGCAAAUCUCCAAAGAUGUCACGAGCUGCACAGGAGAUAUCAAGAUCUCCAAGGUUACCAAUAAGGAAACCUUCUAUUGGUUCACCAAGCCUAACCCGAAGAGAGUUUCCUUUAGAAGAUAUUACUCAGCAAAACUACCUUGCUCAGGUCACAUCUAACAUCUGGGGAACCAAAUUUAAAAUUGUGGGUUUGGCUGCUUUCCUACCAACUAACCUUGGUGCAGUAAUAUAUAAAACCAGUUUGCUGCAUCUUCAGCCCAGGCAGAUGACCAUAUAUCUGCCAGAAGUGCGGAAGAUUUCAAUGGACUACAUUAACUUGCCCGUCUUUAAUCCAAAUGUUUUCAGUGAAGAUGAAGAUGAUUUACCAGUGCCCGGCGCGCCCGGCGUCCCUGAGAGCAGCCCACCGUGCACAGUGAACAUCCCCAUCGCCCCCAUCCACAGCUCAGCCCAGGCCAUGUCCCCUACGCAGAGCAUCGGCCUGGUCCAGUCGCUGCUGGCCAAUCAGAACGUGCAGCUGGACGUGCUGACCAAUCCGCCGGCAGAGGCAAGUGGCGAGGGGGCAGGACCCUUUGCCGCCCCGGGCCGCUUCCCUAGCCCCGGGCAGGUGAUCUUUGGGGGCAUCGAGGUGGGUCGCACCGCCCCGGGGCCGCCGCCAUCGCUCGCCCUGCCACCCCCAGGGCCCGCCGACCACCGAGACCGCGGUGACCGCGACCACGAGCACCUGCCGAAGGCCAAGCCCCCGCGACCGGUGCAGCCGCUGGUGGAAGGGGACACCGUGGCGUUUGGCAUGACGCAGGAGGUGCAGCUCAACAAGAUGAACCCACCACCGCCCUACCCUGGCACCAUCCCCGCCGCGCCAACGGCAGCCCCACAGCCCCCGCCUGGCCCCCCGCAGCCGCCGAUGGAUCUCUGCCUGAAAAAGGGAGAGUUUUCCCUUUACCCGGCAGGACACUAUCAGACCCCCCUUGGGUACGAGCGCAUCACUACGUUUGACAGCAGUGGGAACGUGGAGGAGGUGUGCCGACCUCGCACCAGGAUGCUCUGUGCCCAGAACACCUACACCCUGCCAGGGCCCGGCAGCUCGGCCACACUGCGGAUUACAGCGACUGAGAAGAAGAUUCAGCAGCCCUGUUCGAGCGCAACCCUGAACAGGCUCACUGUCCCUCGUUACUCCAUCCCAACUGGGGAUCCGCCACCUUACCCUGAAAUUGCCAGCCAGCUGUCACAGGGCCGAAGCAUCACACAAAGGCUGGACAGCACCAUUAUUCAUGCUACUCUGCGGAGGAACAGUAGAGAGGCAGCUCUGAAAAUGGCUCAGCUGGUUGACAGUCAACGAGCCACUUUGCAGCUUCCCCCAAAAGCCAAGAGCAACGUUGUGACAGCGCAGUACCAGCAGAGAGCACCCACAGCUUUGUACACCUGCAGCCAGUGCAGCAGCAGUAGCAGCAGUGGCAAUGGCAGCAACAACACAAGCGCUGGUGGUGUGGGGAACAUAGCUAAUGCCAAUACUAGUAGCAGCACUUCCAGUGUUAGUGGUCUGAGACCUGACCUAAGCACGGGGAGUAGCUCCCAGCAUAGCUCUGUCAUUGCUCACUCUGUCAGUACUUCGCCUCUGGCCUCCCAAUCUUCUUACAGCUUGCUGAGCCCACCUGAUAAUUCCCGUGACCGGGCAGAUUAUAUCAACUCUGCCUUCACAGAGGAUGAGGCCCUUUCUCAGCACUGCCCAGUGGAGAAGUCAAUACGGCAUGUCCCAGUGGCUUUGACAGAGGCUGCCAUUGGUGUAAAACGGCCACCACCAUACCAGUGGGACCCUAUGGUGAGUGAAGAGAUAUGGGUUCCUCAGGAAAGGACAUCUCAGAGCUCAGUGCCCAACCCUCUAAAACCCACUCCUCCCAUGAUUGGUCAAACUCAGCAUUUGGAUAUGUCUCGAGUGCCAUUUGUUUCCCCUAAGUCUCCAACCAGUCCCACUGCCACGUUCCAGACGAGUUAUGGGGUUGGAGUACCUUAUCCAGGAAGCUACAGUGCCCCUCCUCUUCCGGGAAUGCAGCCCCUCUGCUCCCCCAAAGAAGCUCUGGCCCCAACACAGUUUGCACAGCAGGAGCCAACGAUUGUGCUUCAGCCAGGUUAUCCAUCUAGCCUCUCCUAUUGCCCUUUGCCACCCAUGUAUCCAGGAAGUAGCACUUGCUCUAGUUUACAGCUGCCGCCGAUAGCCUUGCACCCGUGGAGCUCCUACAGUGCAUGCCCACCUGUACCAAAUCCCCAAGGUACUUUGCCCCCGAAGCCACUCCUUGUGGUGGAGAAGCCGGUUUUGUCCCCCCCGGCAGCAGAGCUUCAGGGUCACGUGGGCACAGAGGUACUGGUGGAAACAGCAGACACCUUUCAGGAGGUGCUCUCCUUGACAGAAAGCCCUGUUCCUCAAAGGACAGACAAAUUUGGCAAGAAGAACCGGAAGCGUCUGGACAGCCGAGCUGAGGAAGGAAAUGUGCAAGCUAUCACUGAGGGCAAGGUCAAAAAGGAGGCAAGGACGCUAACUGACUUCAAUUCACUAAUAUCCAGCCCUAGGCUGGGAAGGGAGAAGAAGAAAGUCAAGAGCCAGAAAGACCAGCUAAAGUCCAAGAAGUUGAACAAGACAAAUGAAUUUCAGGAUAGUUCAGAGAGUGAGCCAGAGCUUUUUAUCAGUGGGGAUGAACUGAUGAACCAGAGUCAGGGCAGCAAAAAGGGAUGGAAAACCAAAAGGAAUUUGAGGACAGCUAGCGAGCUGGAUGAAUUCAAGUGCCGGAAGGCCAAUGAAAAGGAGGAUGGACGACUGGGGAGCCAGGGCUUUGUGUACGUGAUGGCCAACAAGCAACCUUUGUGGAAUGAGGCAACACAAGUGUAUCAGCUGGACUUUGGAGGGCGGGUGACCCAAGAGUCUGCAAAAAACUUCCAAAUUGAGCUGGAAGGACGACAGGUGAUGCAGUUUGGAAGAAUUGAUGGCAAUGCUUACAUUUUGGACUUUCAGUAUCCGUUUUCUGCAGUGCAAGCCUUUGCUGUUGCUCUGGCUAAUGUGACUCAACGCCUCAAAUGAACAAACAGAGACUGGAGAGAGGAAAAUGUUAACAAAACCUUCUCGUAAAGUCCAAACCGGAAAAUGUUAGGGCAGCCUGCUUUAGGUGCGCAGAGGUGCCUGGGAACGAAGAAGGCAGUAAAACUGGAAAAGUCUUUUGGUGCCCAGAACAAGGGCAUUAACUCUAAUCAGUCGUGGGGUGGAGGGUGGGGGGGGCUGUUUUCUGUUUUGUUCAUUCAUUUGUUUGUUUUCAGGUUUUUUUUAAAAACAUUUUGCUGGGUUUCAGAAAGAGUGAAGGGUUGAGAGCCAUUCAGUGUUACAUGGAGAAGUGUGGCUUUUGGCUUGUUGUGGUGAUUCUGCUGUGUUUGCUACAAUAGCUGAUGUAAGCUCAUAGGGGGAUUAAAAAGACUGUUCUUUUUGAUAGACUGCCUUAUAUCAUGCUGUUCUUUUUAAAACAGGGAACAUAACUUUUUUUCUGGUCCAGUUUGUACUACUACUACUACUACUACUACUACUACUACUACUACUACAUCAAUGAUAGCAGCAAAAAAAGGAAAAAAAGAAGCUAUAAUACUUGAAGACACGUGUUUCUUCUCUGAUCUCUGAUAAUAACUGAGCACCACAUGUACCAGGGAGGCUUAUGUAGGUCAAUGUUUAAUUUAUAAAUAAUGAUGUAUUAUUCAGAAGAUAAAACUGUUACCUUUAGGUGAUUUCAAAACCCAGUGUAUCAAAGAAGUUGAUGUCUGCUUGUUUCGUGUGCUGUUACUGGGGAUAAACAUGUUUCAGUAGGUGACAGAAAAUAGGGAAGGAAAGAAUUGUGGGCCUUGCUUCUUUGCCCAUAUUGGUCAGCAGUAUUCUUUGAUUUGGACUAUAGUUGGGUGAGGUACAUUGUGAUCAGGUGUACCUCAUAGGCCAGGCCAAUACACGUUCCUCUUUUAAAUGUGUUUACAUUUUAAAAACAAACUCUUCUGAGUGAAUGAAAUGGGCCUAGUGUGUUCAGUCUUCUUGGGAAUCAAUAGGAAUCGAGUUCCACAACAUUAUGUCAGUGCUUGAAUGGGGAAGGAGACAGGAGUAUAGCAGGUCACUACAGGAAGCAAUUUCACAUCAUGACUGACUGGAAAAAAACUGAGUUAAAAGAAGAAGGAAAAAUUGGACAGAAUCAUCAUUUUUAUCACCUUGCUACUUGAGUACUCUGUCUGCGAUUGUAAUUUGAGAAUAUAGCACUCCAAAUAGGAGUGGGAAGCCAAAGUUUAAAUGGGGGAGGGCUUUUUAACAGUAGCAUGACUGUUUCUGUCUGCAGAUUUUUCUAGUAGACAUCCUGACCUCUUGAGCAUUUCAGAAGGAUUGCUUGCAUAGAAGAGUGUUUGUGUUGUCCAUUUGGUGUGCAUAUAUUUAUUUGCUUUCUCUUUCCUCCUUGUCUGCAUUUUGCUAUGGGAUAUGUUUUAAUAUGGAAGUAGUUUCCCCAGUAAUACACAAAAACCUUAAUUAUUCAUGUUAUCAUUUGGACAUUAGAUUAUAAAGUGUAACUGCAGAUUUCCUUCAGAAAUCACUCCUUUGAAGUGAGAGCACACUGAGAAGGAAAUGAUGGUUGAGGUGGCUGCUUUGCCUUUGCUUUUCAUCUGCAGUUUAACUUUUUACUAGAAAAACCCUGUGUAACUUAAAAUAGAUAGGUGUGAUUUUCUGUCUUUUCCUUUUUUGUUUUUUUUUAAUCCUAACAGUAAGGCAAAUGUGUUACACUUGAUUCAUUCUAGAGGAACACAUCACAUACAACAGGACCCACAGUAGUAGAGGUUAUCAAAAUGCAGUGCGCUAAUAACCUCUGCCUCAGCUGAGGCUUCUAAAGCCAUACAGUGCAGAGAGAAUAAUGCUAGUCAGAGAGGAGUUUCAGGGAGUUGCAAAGAGGAAUGAUGAGGCAGAUCAUCUACAGGCAACUUCCAGCAAUGUGAGUCCAAAAAGAACAGUCUGCAAGAUGGUUUCCUUGGAGAGAGGGAGUAGAGGCAGGAAGGAAGGAGAGGAGGAGGUAGAUGGUACAAUGCCUCUAUUGUACCAGCUCAGCAGCUUUUCCUUGUAUGUGCAAGUGGUCAGGCACCACAUCUGCCUUGGCAUUUAAGAGAUUGCUGUUUGCUUUUGUUAAUUAAUUUUUGUUGAAUUUCUUCAGUUAUCUGAACCCAUUUGUGUUCCUUCUCACAUGCAUCAUCUAUUCAGUAGUUUCUUUGAGUGACUUCAUACUUACUGCGUGUGGGACAGAGGAACUCAAACCGAUUUGGUCCUGUUCCCUUUAAAAUGAAUAGGAAUUUCUGCCUUUGAUUCUUGCAGAGGAAGCAAUAUUGGGCCCUUUGUCCGUACGGAGUUAUAUGCUGUGCAGAAUGUUAGAUCGAAUUCUCAGUCCACUGAUUUCAACACCCAAGGAGGAAAGUUGCCUGAUUAGAGUCCUUCUCUGCCCAAAGGUCCGUGCUGAGCAGUCGUACCCUAGUUCACAGGUGUACACUGAACACCAUAAGACCAGAAACAUAUCGUGGGUUUCUUUCUUUCUGAAAGAAGGGCCAUUCAGUCACUUAUUAGAAAUCUUCAGCAGGAAGGAACACAUUGCCUGUAGUUUUAAGCCAAAAAUUGCUAUUUCAUGAAACAAGGUCCCCUACGUGUAUGUUUUUCUGAACUAAUCAAAAUAGGAAGACUUUCAUGUGCAGUUUCUUUAACCUUCCAGGGAACAGUAUACCUCUUCAGUUGGUUCAUAACCAAAUUUUUGCCAAUUAUCAGCGGUUUUAUGCUAAUGUAGGAGAACCACAAAAUGGAACCAGACAUAACAAAUAGCAGAGUUAGUAAUUUGGUUUCAUUGGCCAGGGUCAUGAUUGCAUUGUUCUGGUGGUGUUUACAAAGAACCCUGGCAUAGAAAGAGACUGGUCUCUGCCCCAAGAAAGCACAAGUGAUAAGUAUCAUAAAUAAAUGUCAUUUCCAACAUCCUUCUCAUUUACUUGUCAGGAAGUAUUAUGGAUAAAAUAUUCUAUUUGGAAAUAUAUUGACAGAGUCCCUUUACUUGAAGUUUUUAGUGACACAGAGAAUAUCCUGUAUUAGAGGUAUACUUUAAUCUCAAAUAUGUAGAAUUGUAAUGAAAGUAGUGGGAAUUAGGUCGAUAACCGAGAGUGGAACUGGAUCCUAAAUUAUACAAAAAUGAGUGACAGUUCUUUUAUUUUUCAUUGGGAUAAAAUAUGAGAAAAAACUUUAACCCCCCCCCCCCACAAAAUAAUAUCACUUUAAUCCUGAAGAUUGCUGUUGCAUUCAGCCAAAACAAAAAUUUUGCAUUUUAUAGUUAAGUAGAAAAACCCAAGUUUUCUGUAGAUAGAUAACUAAAUUCUUCCAGGAAGAAUGUAGCAGAGUGUUCAGAAAUAAAUAAUUUUUUUAUAGACACAGUCAUUUCCGGUAGUUAAAUAUGGUUUUCCAAAGCUUUUUUUCUUUCAGUUGUGCAAUAAUUGUGACAGUCUAGGGGUUUUAUGGGUUUUUUGUUGUUUGUUUGUUUUUUGAGGGAAUUUUGAGUGAUUUUUUAAAAUAUAAUUUAAUGCAGAUUUCCUGUUAAUGUCCAAAAGACAAAUUAUUUAUCUUGCUUAAUGUAAUAAGUGACUUAGGAACUAUUUUAUUACUAUGUAUCAGUGAGUUGUAUACACCUUCUUAUUUAUAUUUAAAGAGCAUCUUUGUAAGUAAUUGUUUGCUAGCAGUAUCUUUUGCUGCAAGAAGUUAAGAAUGCAUAUAGGAAGACUUGUUUUUGCUGAAUAGUAUGCAAAAUUUCGUAAUGCAGGCAGGCAAAAAUACUGGCAGCUGAAAGCAGUGAGUUUGCUAUGGAGGACUGUGUAGAUUACAAAAAGUGUAGGUGACCUCUUUGGGACCUGCAGAAGUCUGUCUUUCCCUACUGUCUAUUUUCCUCCUCUGUUUCUAACUAUAUAUUUCAGUUGGGGAUGGUUUUAAAAAUACAAAGCUUGAUUUGCUUUCCUUCUUCUUAGUACAGUGUGUUCUCUUGAGAUAUGAAAGAGGGUAUAAGAUAGGCUCAGUUUUAAGAAGCUCUUUGCAUAGUUUAGUAGGGCAUUUGGCAAUGGUGAGAUGCAGUGCAACGCAGAGAUACCCAAACCAGCUUGGGAUGAGCUAGCUGAGGCCCUAGGAAUAGUGUAGCUGUAGAUGCCUUGUGCUCUGCUCAGACAAUACACACCUUUUUCAGCAGGGUUCAGCUGGUUUUAACAAAGCCACAGAGCUUCUGAUACCUGAGCUAGCACCGUACAGAGCUGAUACAGCUCUGAUACAGAGCUACGCCCUGACACUGCUUGCAGCAACUGUAGUCUCUUUGAGUUCCUCCAUUGGAGACCUGGCGGAGCACUACUCCACUGUUGCUUCUGGUCCUGCUGCACAACUGGUAGGCAGCUGUUGCAGGGUUUGGCUGUGAUAGCUCUGUGCAGGGAAUGCUCCAAUGCCAGCUGGUGUCCAUGAUGGCCAUUUGCAGACAGAAUCUGCUCCACUGAAAUUGUGAAGGGACACAGAGGAGAACCUGAUCGAUUUAAAAAUGUCUGUUAUCCUCAAAAUAUCUGUCCUAAGAGAGUCUAGAAACUGAUAUUUAAAGCCUUGUGUAAAGUGGGCUAUGCAUGGAGUGGUGGAUUGUAUCUUGAAACAGCGGAAUUGUUUGGUAGGAAUAUCAUGUUUCUGCAAUGUUACAAGAAACUAUGGGAAGGUGGGGGGAGUGAAAGAGGGCAAAAGAGAAUUGCCAUGUUAAUAAUUUUGCACUCAGUUCUAGAUGUACCAGUAACAUGUGCCAUGACCAGCCUGAGCAUCAGUUUUAUGGUAGUAGAUCUGCACACAAGCUCAUCUCAGUUAAACUUUCUGUGGUGCAAAAACAGUGAAAUAGUUCCACAUUUCUCCAGUUUUGUUCUAUGUUUUUAUGAAGAUACGUAAUGGUGUAAAGGUGUCAGACAAGAUAUCCAACUUUGUUGAAGCCUUCCGUCUAGACUCUCCAUAGGUCCAGGCUUUCCUUGAAGUGUCUUUAGUAUCCUCUCAAAAACUUCCUAUAAAUUCAUGAGCUUGGCUGAUCAUUGCCUCAGACAAUUUCUGUGUGUUUGUUUUUUGCAGCCUCAUAUGAGUGAUCCUAUGUCAUCUUGGUGCCCUCUUAUCUGUCAGCAACAGUUUAAAUCCUCAUCUGAAGGAAGCAACAUGUGCUAAAACUGAUUUGAUUGAAAGGGGAAAGUAGCACUGUUUGGACAUGGCACAUUUCUGCAGAGCCCAAAUCACUCCAGACCAGUGAAUCUGUCAUGUAGAUUAGUCACAGACCAGUCAUUUGGGUGGCAUGCUAACGAAGGGCCAAGUUCUAGUCUCAUUACUUGGCUACAUCAAGAUACAUGAGAGAAUAGAAUCUGACCCAAAAUGUACUUUCCCCUUACUGUGUGAUUAUAAAGUAAGAAUGAUUUGUAAAGCAUUAGCCUACAACUAUUUUCACAGUUCCAGCUAUCCCCCCCCCCCCCCCCAAAGAAUGCCAGACGUAAAAUCCUGGCCACAGGGUAGUCAUUCAGAAUUUUGCCAUUUUUCUCAUUUCUAGGAUUCCAUUACAGGAGAGCAAGCUAUUUAUGCUAUUUAGAGGUUAAUACCAUGAUUUUUCCAGUGUAAGAGAUGAUAAAAUAUUAUCAUACUGUUGAAGGAAACAAAAAAAUCCUGGUAGACGGAUUUUUCUGUUUUGAAGUCCCUUCGCCUCCAAGACAAGUACAAUCCUCCAUCAGCAAAUACCGAUUUAGAGUCUUACUAACUUCAGUAGUCUGCAGGUAUGCACUACAGGCCCUCUUGCAGGAUUGGAACUUACAUGCAUCAUUCUAGAAGGAAUAAAGUUAAUUACCAUUUAUGAACAAUGGUCUAAAUGAAUGAUUUUAUCAUCAUAUUUAUUUAAUUUUCUUCUAAAAAAUCCUGCAGAGAAGUUUUAAGAUUAAGACUCUAAGCUUUGCAUGUUGCCUGAGAUCUCUGAAGAUGUAUCAAGAGAAAAUUUCUUUGGGCUGUUUUUUGCUGCAUCUAGAAAUGAGAUUUUUAAGACAAAAAUAAUUAACCAAAUAAAGAGGAUUCAGUGAAGCAGUUCUUAGGAAAAUUAAAAACCACACCUUUCAACUUUUGUUGUUGCAAAUGGAUCCAUACUGAGAAAUUGCUGCUCCAGGGUGAACUUAUUGUUUUGGAGCACUAUGCAGUACACAGGUUUGCUGAUAGAGAAUUGAUUGCAGGAUCAAAACAGCAUGACUUUGUGAGAUUAAAAAAUAAAUAAAUGAGAACAUCGAAUACUUACCUAUCCAGAGUGUGCAAUGAAAAAAUUGGUUGGUAUUAUAUUAAAGCCUGCCUGUUUAAUCCUAAUCCUUGCUCUCCAAUUCACGUUACUAUAAAUUUAAAAAUAAAAUCUGAUGCAGCAGUUCUGAAUCCUGACAAAUGUUGUCUAUUUGUGGGAUGUUUAUCUUACUGGCCACGUAGAUGGUUGGUUCUAAUAAUAUGAAUUAAGAUUAAUAAUAAAAGAGAAACAUUUUUGAACAGUGUGCAGACACCUGAGUUUCUAGUAUUUCAUCAGAAUAGUGCUUGGCUUGUAAUUCCCACCUAUGUUGUUCCAACCUAUUUGUUCAGAACUUUGUAAUUUUCCUUCAUUUCUUUUGUUUGCUUGAUAUAUGUUUUGCCUUUAGGUUUUUUUUUUCUUCACAAUUUCUGCAUUUUCUUCUCUUCCCUUUUCCUUUUUGUGUGUUGUGUGUUUGGGGGAGGGUAUGUGUGUUCAAGAUCUUGUUGCUUAUUGUAGAUAAAAUAUAUAGUGUUGUGGAAUAGCAUGGGGAUGCAUUUGAUUGAAAAGGCACUGUAGUGUUUCCUGAAAAAGUAGAGGAGUUGCAUUUGUUUAUAAAUGCAUUACUUUGGUACUAUAACUUUGAACAUGAUUUUGGAUUUUUUUCCUUUUUUUUUUUUUUUAAUUUAAUGAACAUGUAGUCAUGCAGGUGCGUGCAUUCUUAAGCUAGCAAGCCCAGCAUGUUUUUUUUAAAGCUUUUUGAAAACUUGGUAGACCAUAUGUGUACUUUUACACAGCUACACUGUUUUUUAAAUAUAUUUUUUGGAAUCUGACUUUCUUCUCUUUUUUUUUUUUUUUUUUUGCUUCCUCAGUAUACCAUCCAGAACCUAGUUUCCAUUGUACUUAAAAACUUACCCUGAUCUGCCUCUCCUUUUAUGUAUCUUGUGUAAUAGAUUAUGCAGGAGGUGCCUAGAAAGCAUUGUUGGUUUCCCUAUAAUAAUGUGGUUUGUCCAGAUUCUUUACUGUCUACAUGAGUGAGAGAUGGACUGAUUGCCCUAUUUUUCCUUGAUGAUUUGGAGUUGUAAGAAUUGUCCAGCUGUUGCUUAAUAAAAUUUUGCAGACUAGAACAUUCA